GAUAGGUGGUGUUACAGGGUAUAACAAUCCUACCCUAUCUCCAGGGAGUCGAGGAGUUGACUUCUUAACACUGCAACACAAGCCCAGUCUCUGGACAACAGACUGUGAAACAUGUUUGUAUAGGUCUAAAGACUGUCCAUUAAUGUGGUGAUAUUCCUGUGUCAAACCCGUUACAUCUCCAGCUAUCAAUGGAUAGCCUGAUUUUAUAUGGCUGAGUGUACAGAAUAUAUUGGUAAACCUGAUUCUGACGAUGAAACCUGAAAUCCCAUGUUUGAACAUUGCUACAGUGUGUAACAGCAUCUGUUGAAGUGUCUGUCAGUUGUCCAACUGUGGGUAUUGCUUGUGUGUGCUACUGGGUGACUGCUGCCACAAUAGACAUGUCCUACCACCAGCACAGCCGCCGAGUGUCGCCGAGUGUCGUGUAAAGUGGUGAUUACUAUGUAGCGACCUGUCACACCAGUUGGCUGGAUGAUCACACGUGUACAGAAUACAAAAAUCUUCAGGUCUAUCCAGCUCACGUAAAACAAUCAGGGGACAGUCGUACGCUGGAUUUCUGUCACACAAUUCCUGUGUCAUCCCCAUUAUCAUUGUACCAUAUGUCAGCAUCCAGCGCAAUAAUUGUGAUGUAGCAUUCGUUGUGUGACUGAUGUUUGUGAUGUAACAUGCGUCGAGUGACCAUGACGUUUGUUACAUGAUGUUAAGAAUUGUGAUGUUAAAAUCUGUGCUGUGUGCAUAGCGUGGACAUGUGCAUGUUUUCAACAUGACAACUUAAUUGUCCUUUGAUGACACAGAUUUACUCAUGUUUUGAAAUACGGAUUAGUUGUGUCGUAAAGACCAAUAAAGGGAAGUGAAGCAAGUGUUACUUCUUUAUAUGUGGAUCUUAAGAUGAGACGCCAGGAUACUACCUCAAGCUCUGCUUCCUUCAAGGGUUCUACAACUUCCCAGUCAGGGUCGUUCACGGACAACGACCAGGAUAUGGACAAGGUAUACCGCCGUUACCGGGAGACGCUGAUGAACUCGUCGCGUCUGGUCGAUGAGGGUGGAACUGACAUGGAUGGUGACUGCUUAGGUAUGGGUGUCAUACGUAAGGAGGUCGACCUGACAAAUGAUGAAAAGCAGUACCUAUUGGCAGUGGAGCGUGGUGACAUACCAAGCACACGACAAUACCUCAGUGUUGGCACUCAAACUGGACUCAACAUCAACUGUGUCGACCCUCUAGGGAGAACAGCACUUCUUGUUGCUAUUGAGAAUGAAAAUAUUGAAAUGAUUGAAUUGUUGCUAAGUUACCAUGUAGAUGUUGGGGAUUCACUUCUUCAUGCUAUCAACGAAGAAAAUGUGGAGGCCGUGGAAUUGUUACUCAACCAUGAAUACUCUCUGAAAGGAGAGGAGGCUCUCCACCAGUCUGUUCCCUCCAGCUCCUUCUCCCCGGAUAUCACGCCUAUCAUACUUGCUGCACAUAGAGACAAUUAUGAAAUCAUCAAACUGUUGUUGGACCGAGGCUAUCGGAUCCCCAAACCACAUGAUGUGCGCUGUAUAUGUAAAAAAUGUUUAAAUGGCAGUGAUGAGGAUAGUCUUCGUCACUCGCGAUCGCGCAUCAAUGCGUACCGUGCUUUAGCGAGUCCGUCCCUCAUUGCUCUGUCUAGUAAAGAUCCCAUCCUUACGUCCUUUGAGUUAAGCCGCGAAUUGAAAAGACUUAGCAAACUUGAAAAUGAAUUCAAACUGGAUUAUGAAAAGUUAGCUAAAAAGUGUAAAGAAUUUGCUGUUGAUUUAUUGGAGCAAACACGAGGUUCAAAGGAAUUAGAGAUUAUCUUAAAUCAUGACAUUGGUAAUCAUGGAGUUACUCCCCCUGAACAGGCAGACCCUCCCGCUGAGGAAAAAGUGAGGCUCUCCAGACUGAAGCUAGCUAUUAAGUUCAACCAGAAAAAGUUUGUUGCUCAUCCCAACUGUCAACAGUUACUAGCCUCUAUCUGGUAUGAGGGCCUGCCAGGAUUCCGUCGUCAUAGCAUCAUUCGCCGUCUGUUUGUUACAUCGCUCAUUGGAAUUAUGUUCCCUUUUUUGUCUUUAUUCUACCUUGUUGCACCAAAGAGCGGACCAGGGAAACUGCUCCGCAAACCUUUUAUAAAGUUUAUAUGCCACAGUGCUUCGUACCUGACAUUUCUAGUGUUACUUAUACUGGUGUCCCAGAGGGUUGAGAUCCCCUUCCCCUGGGCAACCAAGUUGGAGCCAGUGUCUGACAUUGAUAAGAUCAGCCAGGAAGUACGGGGUGCACCUGCCACUAAUGUAGAGUGGAUGAUCCUUGCCUAUGUCGCAGGUCUGGUGUGGGCCGAGGUGAAGCAGCUAUGGGAUGAGGGUGCCCAUGAAUACGUCCAUGAUAUGUGGAACAUUCUCGACUUCGUCACAAACUCCCUGUACAUCGCUACAUUGACGCUUCGUGUAAUAGCGUAUCUACAGGUCCAGCAAGAAAAAAACGAGGGUAAAGCAUCAGCAAAUCUCCAGCGGAAAGAUUGGAAUGCGUAUGAUCCUAAUCUGAUUGCCGAGGCCUUGUUUGCUGCAGCCAAUAUAUUUAGUUCUUUAAAACUGAUUUACAUGUUCACUGUAAACCCCCACCUGGGGCCUCUUCAGAUCUCACUUGGUCGUAUGAUUGUGGACAUUAUGAAGUUUGCUAUAGUGUACAUGAUGGUGCUCUUCUCCUUCUCCUGUGGUCUUAACCACCUCUACUGGUACUAUGCAACACUCCGGGAGAAGGAAUGCAAGAUUUACAAAAUACAGGCGUCAUGUGAUAGGCGCUACAAAAGUUUCGCGAAUCUGUUUGAGAUCAUCCAGAGUCUAUACUGGUCAAUAUAUGGACUAGUAGAUUUGGAGCAUGCAGAGCUGGAGGAACCCCACGAGUUCACCGAGUUCAUUGGGAAGCUGAUGUUUGGUAGCUACAGCUGGAUAGCAUUAGUGGUCCUGCUGAACCUGCUUAUAGCUAUGAUGAGCAACUCCUACCAAAAUAUAUCAAGCCAGGCAGAUGAAGAGUGGAAGUUUGCACGGUCCAAACUAUGGAUCAGUUAUUUUGAAGACAGCGGCACCUUACCUCCACCGUUUAAUAUAAUCCCCUCCCCAAAAACUUUUUACUACCUUCUCUUGUGGUUCAAAUCUAAACUAUGUGCCUGUUCCAAACAACAGAAGAGAAGUCGUUGGCAGAGUAUACGUAAAAUUGUAAAGAAGAUAAAUGAGAGAGAAAUAAGAUAUCAGGCUGUGAUGAGGGACCUUAUAAAACGCUACAUCAUGCAAAAACAGCGAGGUCCGGAGCGAGGAGAAGGAGUUACAGAGGAUGAUGUCAGUGAAAUUAAACAAGACAUUUCUUCAUUUCGUUAUGAGCUUUUAGAAAUUCUCCGCAGCAACGGGAUGAAGACACCAAAUCCUAACCAGCCCAAGCCCACGAAUCGGCGAAGGUUGAGUUCCCGUAAACGUAGUCAGAUGUUGAACCGGUCCUUUGGGAAGGGGAUGUCUACAGGGUUUCCCAGUAAUGGAUGCCUUGACUUGGGAUCUAAACCUACCACGCCUACAUUUGGAAAUGGAAGCACCAUCCCAGAUACCAUAGUAGAAGAAAGUGUAAUGGACACAACAAAUACCCUCGGAGUGGAAAUGUUGGGUCUACCAUCACUCUCACCCUCCCCGAGUACCUCAAACCUCAUUGAUCUCUCCCCGGAGGCCUGGGGACAGAGUGGGUCGGCCUCGGGACAGAGUGGGUCGGCCUGGGGUCAGAGUGGGUCAGUAUCAAACCGCAAACAGAAGGCCUCCUUACACCUACAGGCUCUCCGUACGGAUGAAGGACUCGGGGAAUCUAUUGACCUCAACUCGGAGCACAGUAACUAUAGUCCUAAACUGGCUGAUAAAUUUGAGGCAGACACUCAGAGACCAUCCAAGCAUGAGCGCAAUUCAAAGUCUUACCUUGACCCUGAUUUUUCCAUGUUGUCUAAUUGUAGUCCAGGUGAAGGUCACACAGAUAGGUCAGGAAAGCGUGUCACAUUUUUAUGAUUGUAAAUACAUGUAGCUGUUUAGCAGAGAUAUGUUUUCAUGAUUUGAGAGGAAUCUAAUAUUUCUGUUUUUACAAAUAAUUUUAUGAAUAUAUUAUCCAUACAGUUGUACCAUAUAAACAACCCAUACAUUUAUGUCAUACUGAUACCCAUUUUAUACAGCUAGGGUAUAUAUCACACAGAUACCUCAUACAGGUAUCUCACACAGCUGUAUCAUACAUAUACCACAUACAGCUGUAUCACACAGAUACCACACACAGAUUUAUCACAAAGAUACCACAUACAGCUGUGUCACACAGAUACCAAACACAGAUUUAUCAUACAUAUACCACAUACAGCUGUAUCAUACAUAUACCAUACACAGAUUUAUCACACAGAUACCACAUACAGCUGUAUCAUACAUAUACCACACACAUAUUUAUCACACAGAUACCACAUACAGCUGUAUCAUACAUAUAUCAUACACAGCUGUAUCAUACAGAUACCACAUACAGCUGUGUCAUACAGAUACCACACACAGCUGUAUCAUACAGAUACCACAUACAGCUGUAUCAUACAUAUACC